AUGUCGGAUCGCUGUCCUGUGCCACCAGAAAGUCAGCCCAAUCAGAAGGAGAGCACCCACUACACCCCCAAGAAGCACCUGUUCAAUGCCAAGAAGGCACCCCCACCACCUCCACCCACUGCUGUACAUCGUACUAGUCCUUCAUCUGCUAGCCACUUCAUCGCUCUGUCUCACACUAGACGCCCCAUCACUUGCCAAGUAUCAAUACCCGAAUAUGAACUGUCCGCCGUGCGACUUAUCACAAAACGGUCCAUUGAGGACGGCACUACGAAACAUGUUCAGGUGAAUGCAUUCGGUCGGAAGAUGCGACUGAACCUAAAGGACAACAAUGACUUCAAUGAACGCAUCAAGGACAUGAAAGUGUACAUUGCGGAGACGUCAAAAAAUGGCAAACUGCGCUACAGCGAAGACCCCAGUGCUUCGCACGGCACCAUUGGAAAUGAUCUCGUGAUAAAGCCGAUCCCUGAAACGGUAAAGUCAGAAGAUCAUCCCAUGUUGAAUGAACUUCAAGCAGAUCCUGAUGACGAUGAAAUGUUUCUCAAUGAGGACGAGAUGGCAGAGAUGAGACGAAGUAAGGUGAGGAAGCUGGAGAAGCUUGCCAAUGCCACAGACAAUGAACAGCUACAGCAGCAACAUCCGAGUGACGCACUUCUGUCCGGUGCCAAUGGGAAUAUUCACGUCAUCUUCAAACGCAGCAUUGAACAGCAUGAACAGCACAACCAACAACAGCCUGACUUUGCUGAACUAGAGCGUGCUCUCGUAGGACACAAUGUUCGCAACCUCACUGUACAAUGGCCUGGAGGUCAGCUGAACAGCAACAACAGCAGCGACGGCGGCAACGACGGCGAACGGCGUUCAUCGCGAAAGAAACGCCAGGCACCUGGAACAGUGUGGCCUGAGGUGCUGCUCGUCGUCGACUACGACUCCUUCAUGUUGCACGGUGCCACCAGCCGAGAUGUGAAGCGGUACUUUAUCAGUUUCUGGAAUGGCGUCGAUCUUCGCUACAAGCUGCUCACUCAUCCGCAGAUUAGAGUCAGCCUGGCCGGAAUGAUUGUCGCCAAGGACCGAGAUGCAACCCCGUACUUGGAGCGAAAUCGCCUUCGUCCACCAAACGCCGAUGCUGUGGACGCGGCGGGAGCGCUGACCGACAUGGGCAAGUACCUGUACCGGGAGGACCGUCUGCCGACGUACGACAUGGCAGUGGUGAUCACCAAGCUGGACAUGUGCCGUCGUCGGUAUGAAGGUGGUCGGUGCAACCGAGGCACGGCUGGUUUCGCCUACGUCGGUGGCGCCUGUGUGGUGAACAAGCGACUGGAGAAGGUGAACAGCGUGGCGAUCAUCGAGGACAGCGGUGGCUACAGUGGCAUCAUAGUGGCGGCACACGAAGUGGGACACUUGCUUGGUUGCGUCCACGACGGCUCUCCACCGCCGAGCUAUUUAGGCGGCCCCGGAGCGACCCGCUGUCCAUGGGAAGAUGGCUUCAUCAUGAGCGACCUUCGUCACACUGAACGCGGCUUUCGGUGGUCUUCCUGCAGUGUGGAGCAGUUCAAGCAUUUCCUCAAUGGCGAGACGGCGACCUGUCUGUACAAUUUCCCUCAUGAAAAUCAACUUUUACCUCGAGUGUUACCUGGAACGAUGUUGUCGCUGGACGAGCAGUGCAAGCGAGAUCGAGGGACCAACGCUUGCUUUAAAGAUGCGCGCGUGUGCGCCCAAUUGUUUUGCUUCGACAGCGCCUCUGGCUACUGCGUCUCUUAUCGCCCUGCCGCCGAGGGAUCUGCAUGUGGCGAUGGACAGAUUUGCCGCAACGGGAAGUGUCUCGCGGAGAUAGAGAACAUCAUUCCCGACUACUCACACAGAACGCCAAACACAACAACAGACACGACAGCGGCACACGAGCGAACGCCUUGA